UCACAAUCCCCAGACAUGAAUCCAGAAGAGCGAAUCGUAACAUGGCUUAUAUCCUUGGGAGUUUUAGAUUCCCCCAAAAAGACCAUCUGUGAUCCGGAGGAGUUCUUGAAGUCCUCAUUGAAAAAUGGGGUAGUGCUGUGCAAACUGAUCAACAGACUCAGGCCUGGCUCGGUAGAAAAGUUCUGCCUGGAGCCCCAGACUGAAGCCGAGUGCACCCACAACAUCCAAGACUUUCUGAAAGGCUGCGCCGCCCUGCAAGUAGAGGUAUUUGAUCCCGAUGACCUUUACUCAGGCAUCAAUUUCUCCAAGGUUCUGAGCACUCUUUUAGCUGUCAACAAAGCGACAGAAGAUCAGCUCUCGGAGAGACCAUGCGGACGUUCCUCUUCUCUUAGUGCUGCUAAUAGUUCUCAGACAAACCCACAGGGAGCCGUUUCUAGCUCAGUUCCCAGGCUGCAGAGGCAGUCAAAGGCAGUGGAGAUGACGGAAAAUGGAAGUCACCAGUUGGUAGUAAAGGCAAGAUUCAACUUUAAGCAGACUAAUGAAGAUGAACUGUCAGUCUGUAAAGGGGACAUCAUUUAUGUCACUAGAGUGGAAGAAGGAGGCUGGUGGGAAGGAACAUUACAUGGGCGAACAGGCUGGUUCCCUAGUAAUUAUGUCCGAGAAAUUAAAUCCAGUGAAAGACCUCUCUCCCCCAAGGCUGUCAAAGGAUUUGAAACUGUUCCACUUACCAAGAAUUAUUAUACUGUGGUGUUACAGAACAUCUUGGACACUGAGAAAGAUUAUGCUAAAGAACUGCAGUCUCUUCUUGUUACUUACUUAAGACCCCUACAGUCCAAUAACAACCUGAGCAGCGUGGAGUUUACAUCUUUACUGGGAAACUUCGAGGAAGUAUGCACGUUUCAACAGACACUCUGCCAAGCCUUGGAAGAAUGUUCCAAGUUUCCAGAAAACCAACACAAAGUAGGAGGUUGUCUACUUAACCUCAUGCCUCAUUUUAAAUCCAUGUAUCUGGCAUACUGUGCAAAUCAUCCUUCAGCUGUAAAUGUACUCACCAGCACAGGGAUCGUGAAUGGGGCUGCUGUCAACAUGUAUGUUGAUGAUCUGGAACAGUUUAUGGAAAGUCAAGGUGCGGCCAGCCCGGGCAUCCUCAUUUUAACGACAAGCCUCAGCAAACCAUUCAUGCGCCUGGAAAAGUAUGUGACCCUCUUACAGGAGCUGGAGCGACACAUGGAGGACACGCAUCCAGAUCAUCAGGAUAUUCUGAAAGCGAUCGUAGCAUUCAAAACCCUCAUGGGGCAGUGCCAAGAUCUAAGGAAGAGAAAGCAGCUGGAGUUGCAGAUACUUUCAGAGCCUAUUCAGGCAUGGGAAGGGGAGGAUAUUAAGACCUUGGGAAAUGUGAUUUUUAUGUCACAAGUAAUGGUGCAGUAUGGCACAUGCGAGGAAAAAGAGGAGCGGUACCUUAUGUUAUUUUCAAGUGUCUUGAUAAUGUUAUCUGCAAGUCCUCGGAUGAGUGGCUUUAUCUAUCAGGGAAAAAUGCCAACAGCGGGAAUGGCAGUGACUAGAUUAGAUGAAAUUGAAGGGAAUGACUGCACAUUUGAAAUCACAGGGAACUUAAUAGAGAGAAUUGUGGUCCAUUGCAACAACAGCCAGGACUUCCAAGAAUGGCUGGAGCAGCUGUGCAGACUUAUCAGAGGACCUACCUCCUGCAGCUCAUUAUCCAAAACAUCAUCGUCAUCUUGCAGUGCUCAUUCCUCUUUUAGCUCUACUGGACAGCCCCGAGGACCCUUGGAGCCUCCUCAAAUUAUAAAACCGUGGAGUUUAAGUUGUCUGCGACCUGCGCCUCCACUUAGACCAUCCGCAGCUCUAGGUUAUAAAGAGAGGAUGUCUUAUAUCUUAAAGGAGUCUAGUAAGAGCCCCAAAACGAUGAAGAAGUUUCUUCACAAAAGAAAAACCGAAAGAAAGCCAUCGGAGGAGGAGUAUGUGAUUCGGAAAAGUACUGCUGCUCUGGAAGAGGAUGCUCAGAUUCUCAAAGUGAUAGAAGCCUAUUGUACCAGCGCAAAUUUUCAACCAGGCCAUGGCUCAAGUGCUCGCAAAGAUUCAAUCCCGCAAGUCUUACUCCCUGAGGAAGAGAAACUCAUCAUCGAAGAAACCAGAAGCAAUGGGCAGACCAUCAUUGAAGAAAAGAGCCUUGUUGAUACUGUCUAUGCCUUGAAGGAUGAGGUCAAAGAACUGAAACAGGAGAAUAAAAGAAUGAAGCAAUGCCUGGAGGAAGAAUUGAAAUCAAGAAGGGACCUAGAAAAGCUGGUGCGGAGGCUGUUGAAGCAAACUGAUGAGUGUGUACGGUCUGAGUCCAGUAGCAAGACCUCGGUUCUUCCGUGACCUCACUGUGCUGCUGGGCGGAGUGCGUCUUCAGAGCAGCUCGAAACGUCCAGCUGAAGGAUUUGACUCAAUCUGCUCACUUCUUUGGUGUUCUUUCUUUCUCUCUCUCUCUCUCUCUCUCUCUCUCUCUCUCUUUCUUGUUCUCUCCAAAAUACCCCGUUUGCUUGAGUGUUUGUUGUUGUUUGGUUAUUGGUCGUUGUUUAUUUUUUAUCGGGUAAAAGCAAGAGGGGCAGUAGGAGUCACCCAGAGUCUAUUCCAUUUGAUAAGAGAAGGACAGUGAAUACAGGCAAGAGACGUCCAUGCUCUGCAGUGGCCUGCAAUUCACAGUGUGCCUGCCACAGCCGCUACCCUCGGGUCACUCUCGUCCAGCUGGCUGCUUCCCAAAGCAGCUGGCUGUGGCUUAUUAAAUGUGAACUUCAUGUCUCCCCAAUCUGUGGCUAUAGCCAGAAGCCCCUCAAUACUUAAUUUACUGAAAGCAAAGCUUCUUAAGCAAUGACUAGAGUGAAAGAGUAACGCAUUUGCCCAAUGAUCCAGCUGCCCCCCCCAGACCAUCAUGUGCCCUCCUCCAUGCCCACUUUUUAGAAAGUCACUGCCACAUGCCGUGUGUAAGACCAAGGAAACCACAGGACCCUUGUUACUUUUGUGUCGCUUUACUUUUUGACUCUGUGGGGAAGAAACUCGGGUCAUCCAUGCCAACCCCAAAUCCAUGGAUAAAUUAUGCUGGACAGCCUCCCCUUCAGCCACAGAAUGGACCAUCUCUUCCAAGUGUACUAUUGGCCCCUCCCCCAGCCUUCUCCCUCAUGUGCCAGUGUUAUACUUACUCAGUGCUUUUUGCCAAUCAUACCAGGCAGUGUGUCAACUGGUACGCGUGUGCUUUGCUUGUGUUCUAAAAAUAUAGACUGUGAGCAGUUACUUUAUUUAUCUACAUUGCCUGUUCAAAUUGUGACUUCUCAUCGUUCAAAACCAUCCACAUUGAGGAGCUACUGUGCCCUUGCAAACACCGCCAUGCCCUUGAUGGCUGCCCCAUACAUGCUGUGAGGAGUUUGAGCCUCUUUGAGAGGGACUGUAAGCAUUUUGUGCAAAAGUGUGCUGCCGGUCCCGUUUGUACAUCCAGAAAAGGCCCCUCUAAUAGCUACAUGCUGGUAACUAGAGAGACUGAUCAUUUGGAAUUGGUUUACUCAACCUACUCAUCAAAUCAAACCCUUGCCUUUGUAAGUAUCACACAAAUUGAAACAGUGAUAAAGCAGGUUUAGGAGAACCUCAGAUGUCAGCCGAAGGCUCUGGAACAGAGCACAGUAACCCCUCCCUCUCUCUCCCAAACGCAGGUGAAAUUUGGCCACGUGGGGGAAAACAUUGGCAAGAGCAGCAAAGUGCCAAUAGAAUGAUCAAUGUCAAUACAUCAGUGCCUGUAAAUGUGGGUUUUGCAAAGGUUGUUUUGGAAACCAAACAUGGACCUUCACAUCCCCAGCCUGCUGAGAAGCCCUUUUUUUCCCUAGUGCUGGGGAUCUCAGGUUCACAUGGCCACUCGGUACAGAGCUGUUGACUGCUGCACAGCAGAAAUGACACCAUCCACAGGAAAUUCCUGCAGGCUACAGUCAGCCCAGCCACACUCAAGUGUCUUUGGAAGUUGAGGCAUGAAGAGGAUUUCUAGGAAUGACUGCUGUUCCGUUAUUAAGCACAGCAGCUUAGAUAUGCCAUUCUUUACCUAAAAAUUUAAAACAAUGACACAGAUCUUAGCAUCUGCCCUGUGUGUGGUUAGUCAAUGGCUUGCAACAAAUGUGCAAACUAUAUCCAUAGGAAACAUUUUUGUGAUUACGUGAUUACAAAAUACUUUAGUUGAUAAGAUAUAGGAUUGCUUAAAAUAUUGAAAGAUAUUUUAUUUUAAAGUGACAUGUACAUAUGCAUGUUUUGGGGACUUGGGCCUUUUGAUGAGAGGCCUUUGGUACUCUGAGUAAUGAAGCUUGUGCAGAGAGAUGUCCACGCUCCACACUAAACAAUCAUAUAAAGGAAAUGAAGCCAUGUUAACCCGAGAGCAGUGUCUUCAUAGUUGUGUUGUUUACAAUCCUCUAUAAAUGGGUUCCUAUUACCCUGUAAUGAAACUGCUGCCCCUGGAGGCCUUUCAGUUCCUCUUCUGUUAUGUCCCUUCUUACACAAGCUCAAAUUUUCUAACCUGUUUUUAUUUGGAAGAUUUUAAAAUUGACAUUUUCAAUAAAUAUAAAUAAU